AUGGCUACCUCUGGACGGCCAAAUGAGUAUGUCCUUUAUCAUGGCAUUAAGGGCAAAAGUGACUGUAACAAGUCCGUUUUCGUGAGCUUGGUUCCUUACGACGGCGAAUCUGGAAAAAUGACGAUCGGGAAUAAACCUGCGUCGAGUAAACUCCUUUCUGUCUGCUCCAUCGCCGUAGUGGCAUCAGGGGAUCUUCUUGGUUUCUUUCCUGGAAAACUUCGAGACGCAGGUGGGAGGCCGUCAAAUGCUAUUAGGAGCCCUUUCCCAGGGCUUUGGCUAGACUAUUCCGAGACUCCGGGAAAGCUUACCCAAAUGAGAGUAGCAAAGCCUGGUGAGAUGACAAACGUCUGCCUUGCUUGGGAGGGGGUAAAUGAGGUCAAAGGAGAGAAAUCAUUCUGUCAAUAUUGGCGAGUUUUAGUUAUUGCCACAAGGGAAUUGCGGCCAUUUGACCAGCUGAUCCGUCCUCCCUAA